AUGAACGAGCUAGUGGUGGCCCUUAAGGAAGCUGAUAUAGACAUAAUCUCUCAAGAAGUCUUCAUCCAAGAUCCUAUCGAAAGACUGAAAAAUAUCAAGGCGUACAAGCUAGGCAUGUAUGGAAAGAAGAUCGUGUGGAUAUUCCCCGGAUGGCACUCCGAGAACUUCUGGCAAUCUCGACUGGAUGACAUCGGCUGCACUGCGGAACAAAUGAAUGCCGCCGCAGAGGGCUCUUUCCUGACAAGCGCUAUUUUCUACAACCCUAUAGAGGAGAGAGGAAUUGCAAAUAUAACAAGUUUCGAAUUCAAAAGUCGGUUAACAACGCAUCCGUCAUACAACCCCGCCACAAGGGACUACGACUUUGUGUCUGGACAGUGCUAUGAUCAUAUCUGGCUCUGUGCGUUGGCUCUUAACUGCACAAUCACUGCAUUGGAAAGCAUGGGUGGAAAGCGAGUACUGGUGGCCUACUUCCGACAGGAUCUCGCCCCUGCUUCUUACUUUGAGUGGAUCGAGGAUGCACUCGUCUGGAAAGGUUAA